UGGAAAUUGAUAAGUGAUAAGUGAUAAGUUUACUGAUUUACUUCUACCAAGUGUAAAGUGUAAAUUAAACUGCAAAAUAACUUACUGCAAUUUUUUUGUUUGUCCUUCAAAAUGUCUUAUAAAUACUUAAAGCAGACAACUGGUCUCACUAGACUCAAUGUAGCAAAAAGCCCACAUUAUACUCUAGGAGUGUUGUAUGGAAAAAUUCUCCGAACCUUACGUAAAAUGCCCGAGGAUGCAGCGUAUCGAAAAUAUACUGAGCAAAUAAUUAGCAAUAGAGCCAAAAUCGUUCAAGAAACUGUUGCAGUAGAAGAUUUUGAAAAGAAAAUUGACUGUGGACAAGCCGAAGAAUUAAUUGUACAGGCUGAAAAUGAAUUGGUCUUGUCUAGGCAAAUGUUAGCGUUUAAACCAUGGGAAUCUUUAAUCGUCAAACCAAGUGCUGACCAAUGGUCCUGGCCUCCAACAAAGUAAUUUGUUUAAAUAAACAUUGUAAAAUAGUUUGAUUUCAAUUUGUUAGAUUAUUUAAAUAUGUAUUCCUCAACAUUUGAAUUUUUAUUAAUAAAGUGAAACAUAAUGUAAUGCUUUUUAUUUCAAUAAUUAGUAAAUGGCCUAUGUGUAAAGUGUACUUAAAUAUAUUUUACAAUAUAAUGUGAAAUAAAAAACAUGUAUUA